UCUAUUUCUUCUUUUAGAAAUCAAUCAUGGCGUCCGGAGUUGCAGUGAAGACAGGAAAAAAGAAAUCGAAGGAGACGACGGCCACUUUUAGUGAGAUAUCACUGAGACAGAAUGCUUCAGUGCUGGAGUAUUGUCGGACAUCCAUGUCUGCUCUCUCUGGAUGUGCCGCAGGGAUCCUGGGAUUAACAGGGCUUCAAGGAUUCUUAUUUUACUUUGUUACUGCUUUUGUUUUGUCAAUUAUGCUGCUACUGAAGGCAGGAGCUUCUUGGAACAAGUACUUUAUCAACGGAAGACAAAUUUUCUUGAGUGGUUUAUUUGGUGGACUUUUUACAUAUAUUUUAGCAUGGACAUUCCUCUAUGGUAUGGUUCAUGUGUACUGAAGAAGGACCUUGACAUCACGGCCAGUGCAAUCUCGUUGUGUACAUUUGUAAAUAAAUGUGGUAAAAAAAAAGUU